CAUAGAAAUAGAAUGGUCAGCGCUGAGGCAUUGGGUUUUAUAGGUGCUGGUUUCGCCACAGUAUUCUUUGGAACAAACUAUGUACCUGUAAAGAAUUAUCCAACAGGAAAUGGACUGGCGUUCUCAUGGGUGUUGUCAGUUGGAAUCUAUUGUGUUGGAUUCAUUGCGAUGUUUGUGUCGAAUAACUAUAUGUUUGACCCUUGGGGAAUACUUGGUGGCUCACUCUGGUCGAUUGGCAAUCUUUGUGUCAUCCCCAUCGUCAACACCAUUGGUCUAGGUCUUGGCCUGCUGCUGUGGUGCUGCUCAAGUCUCAUCGCAGGCUUCUUCACUGGCAAGUUUGGCUGGUUCGGUCUCGAAAAGCAGGCCGUGCCACACACCGCUCUCAACUGGAUUGGCUUCAGCUGCAUUGUCGUAGCCAUCGGUUUCUUCUUCUUUAUCAAACCCACUCUGAAGCCAAUCGCCAAGAGCAGCUCGUACGUGCACCUCAACGAAGAGACCGUCGAGGUCGAGGAGAGGACCUUCUUUGAGAAGAUCCCUGCACCCUACAACACAAUGAUUGGCAUCGGUUUGGCCAUCUUCUCAGGACUUUUGUACGGCACCAACAUGGUGCCCAUGCAGCUGUGGAAGCAAGCACACGCCACCGCCAGCCCAUUGGAAUUUGUGUUCAGUCAUUUCAGCGGCAUCUUCCUGUUCAACACGGCUGUCUUUGUUCUGUACAGUGUGAUCAGUCGUCCACCCCAGAUCUAUCCUCAGACCAUCCUGCCAUCAUUCGUCUCUGGUGUCCUAUGGGGCAUUGCCCAAGUUGGCAUGAUGGUGGCCACACAGAACCUUGGCUACACCAUUGGAUUCCCAAUCGGAUCUGCUGGUCCAAUGAUUGUCUCUUCACUUUGGAGUGUCUUCUACUUCAAGGAGAUCCAAGGCAAGAAGAACCUCAUACUCCUCGUCGUCUCUUUCCUCAUUCUCGGUGCUGGAAUCACAAUGAUCACUCUUUCCUCAUUC